UUGGAACGAAUGAACUUUUGGUUUUUUUAUGCAGUGACCUAUCUCAAGAUAGAGUUCAGUUAUUUUACCAGAACGAGAUACAAGAAUUUUCUCGAAUUUUAAGUGUCAGUGUCGCUCAUUCAUAUUCAUUUGUAUUUCUACAUUUCGGAAGCUCGAAUCAUUGUUAGCGUUGCGAACAAAGAGAAUAACUUGUGUUUCCAAGUGAUUAAGCAAUUAGUGUGAUAAGAAGUUUUAAUUUUUGUAAUAAUAACUUUAGUGCACAAUCAUGGAACAGGUUAACCAAUUAAAGGAAAAGGGGAACGCCGCUUUAGCGUCUGGUGAAUUCGAUCUUGCUGUAAGACAUUACACCGAAGCAAUAAAAUUGGAUCCAAGCAACCAUGUUCUAUUUAGUAAUAGGUCAGCAGCUCACGCCAAAGCAGAAAACUAUGUUGCCGCUCUGGAAGAUGCGAAUAAGACAGUGUCCUUGAAUCCGACUUGGAGUAAGGGAUAUUCGAGAAAAGGCAGUGCAUUAGCAUAUUUGGGUAGAUUUGAGGAAGCAAUCGCGGCUUACGAGAAGGGAUUGGAACUAGAGCCUGGCAACCAGCAGUUAGCAACAGGUCUAGCUGAAGUUAGGAAGCAGGCGGAGUCAAGUAAAUUGGAAACUGCAAAAUUAUUUGAUAAAUUAAAGGCUAACCCUCAGACACGAGAGUGGUUGAAGGACCCUGAUUAUGUACGAAUGGUUCAUAAAUUAGCACUAAAUCCAUUUGACUCGAGAGUUUUAGAAGGAAAAAUGGAUGAUCAGCGUGUUUUAACAACAAUUAGCGUAAUGUUAGGUCUAGAUAUGAGUAUGGAUGUAGAUCCUCCAGCAUCAGAGACAAAGUCCACCCCACCGCCUAAGAAAGAAGAGCCUCCGAAGCCUAAAUAUGAAGAUGUUCCAGAGAACCGUAGACUAGCAUUACAAGAGAAAGAUUUAGGAAAUGACUGUUAUAAGAAAAAGGACUUUGAUAAUGCAAUCAAACAUUACCAGAAAGCUAUUGAACAUGAUUCCACAGAUAUAACAUUCUACACCAACAUGGCUGCGGUUUAUUUUGAAUUGAAAGAGUAUGAGAAUUGCAUUAAAGAAUGUGAGAAGGCAAUUGAUAUUGGUAGAGAAAAUAGGGCUGACUUCAAAUUAAUAGCUAAGGCUUUCACUAGAAUUGGUAAUGCAUAUAAGAAAAUGGAGCAAUGGAAGUUAGCAAAGACAUACUAUGAGAAGUCAAUGUCUGAGCACAGGACUCCGGAGAUAAAAACAUUGUUAAGUGAGGUGGAACGCCGCAUUGUUGAAGAAGAGAAGAAAGCUUAUAUCGACCCAGUGAAAUCUGAACAAGAAAAGGAACUUGGAAAUGAAUACUUUAAGAAAGGUGACUACAGUACAGCGGUGAAACACUACACGGAGGCGAUCCGCCCAAUAGUGUGGUUAAUUGUUAAAAAUCCACUGGUUAUAUGUAUGUCGCAGGGCAUGCAGCAGCAGGGCAAGGCGCUGGCGGCGUACCAGAAGGCGCUGGAGCUGGACCCCAGCAACGCGGAGGCGCUGGAGGGCUACCGCGCUUGCUCCACGCAGCUCAACUCCAACCCGGAGGAGGUCUGUAUAUUGCAUUACUUUAAUAGGUCCACUCAUUGUAUCUUUCAUUUUAAUGUUUUGGUAAACAGAGGUGAAAUCCCACAUAAUUAUACUUCAUACAAAUAUUAUAAAUGUUCUAGUGGACCAUUCCAGUGUGCUUUUGCUCUCAGAGUCCCCGACACGAGGUAA